GGAUAUCUUCUUUUCCCUUGCAUUCAAAAGAAUAAGAAAUGGACCAACUGACUUCCCAGCUUGGAAGCGCUGAGCUUCAGGCUCUUAUUGCUGCCUUGCCACAUGAUUUGACUCUUAACCCAGUAACUAGCAAACCAUCAUCUGCAUCAAGCAGUGAUUUAUCGGCAUCUACUUCUACAUCUUCAUGUAUUUUUCCUCCAAUCAACGAUAUGACAGCACUUUCAAUGCUUUCCCUAGGUGCCUAUCCUGGCCUGUUCACUGGAUUCCCACUUUUGUCUACUUUGCCAUACUUGAAUCUUCCACCACACUCAACAAUCGAAUCAUUGGGACUUAUCAACUCAGCCCUUUAUCAACAACAAAAAGAUGUUCAAGCUGCAAUGAACUCACCAGUUAACCAAUUUACUGCUGGAUUAGCAGCUGAUGGACGCCCAAGAGCAUUUUCAAGCGCUGCCACUUUGCAACACGGAAAAGAUCAAGAGAAACGACGAAAGAGAACAAGAAAGAUGGAACCAUCACUUCCAAUUACAACAAGUACCAUUACAUGUUCCUCGAAUUCGUCUCCCUCAUCAAGCUCUAUAACUACAUCUGUGCUCCGAACAUUAGUAGAAGAUGAUGAUGCAGAUGUGCAUCCAAAUAAAGUUCGACCAAUUCAAGUAACAAAAGAGGAAGAGGAUCUUGUUAGAAGAAAAACUCAAGAAUUGCUCAAAUCCAUGCCCCUUCAAAAAUUAGAGCCAGAAGUCAGCGCAAGUGGCCCACUUCGCCGUCUUAUUCGAGACGAAGACCUUCCAGACGAGGUCGGACCAGAUUCGCCAUUCCGCCACUACCCAAAGUAUCAGGUACACAACAGAAGCCCCGUUCACAACUAGUCAUGCUUCAAGGAAUCCAAGCGGCAGUCGCAUGUAUGUGCAUUGAAGCUUUUCAACUCGACGAUAAAACCGAUGAGGAGAAAAAAGCUUUUUGUCAAAAACAACAAGGCCUUUCACUUGAUGAUUUGGUCAAGGAAACUGUGCGUCAGGAACUUGUAGCUGCAGAGUAGAACGUUUAGCUCUCAUUAUUUAUACCUAUCCACUUCUUUUUCGUUUUCAACCAGCUUUUACUCUAAGUUCAAUUUUACUCAAUAUGGAUAGGUUACAGUUUUCCCCGUUGAAAUAGCCCCUAUUUUGCUCUCAAAAACUACUCACUAUUACGUCUCAAGGAUCAACCGUUGCGUGUGCAUUUUUCGUCUCCCCGUUCCAUUUUUUGCUCUUCUCUUUUUUUUCUCUUUGACUAGAACUGUUUCUUUUGGAUGGUCAAAGAGGAAAAUUUAAUUUUAAUGUUUUUGAACAAAACUUCAAUGCUUUAAUAUUUUAUGUCCGUUUCAUAUUUUCCAACUUUGUAUUUCCUGUUUUAAGCUUAAACCUUCAUUUCCAAACGUCUCAAUGUAAUUCUCACAACAUUGCCCAGCCUUUCAAAUGAUUAACAUUUUUUUGUAAAAAUUAAACGUUUAAAUUCUAAAAAUAAUCAAUCUGUACAAACAAAUAUGAAUAAACAUUCUGCAAAUUG